AUGCGUCCAACAAAACGUCAUCGUGUCAACAAGAAUGCAUCAACGUCACCUUCAUCUUCUUCAGCAUCAUCAUCAUCAUCAACGACGACAACACCACCCAAUACUCAAUCGACAAAUGAGCCAUCGCAAGAAUUCCUCAUUGUUUUAACUAAUAGUCAAGAUCUUUUCCGACGAUUAGCAGUUGAAUAUCAGAAUGCUCAAAUAUUUCGAAGAAGUGUGACAAUUGGAAACGACACAGCCAUGUUCAAUACGGAUCGGGAGCGACUUUUGACUGCGCUGCUACAAGUUGAAUUGCGACAAGCUGCUCGAGAUUACCUUUCUCGAACUCAACGAUCUUACCCUAUUCAAUAUCUGUUCAAUAUGUCUGAUUUCGAUCCAUCACAUCAUUCCACACAAUAA